UCUAGGAGACGUGACGCUUCUUCUUCCUCCUCCGCUGCGGGACCACCACGUCUUUACGGCGGUGAGGGUGUGGACGUAGGCACCGUUCAGACUGCUCGAAGACGCCGGAACGCCGCUAUUAACCUCCCCUGUCGCUACUUCAUCGCUAUAUAUCCGGGUUGUGUGAGUGCCCACAAAGCUGUGUGAUCGUGUCCCUCACUGUCCCAGGUGAGGGACAGAUGCACGCCACGCCCCGCGCCGGAUAAAACCUACACCUGAUCACCCGACAUAACCAUCGACUGUCUCAGGUUAAACCUUAGAGCCCCAGUACACCAUCCAAGAUGGAUGACAUCUUCACGCAGUGUCGAGAAGGCAAUGCGGUAGCCGUGCGCUUGUGGUUGGACAACACAGAGAAUGAUCUCAACCAGGGGGAUGACCACGGCUUCAGUCCUCUUCAUUGGGCGUGCAGGGAGGGCCGGUCCAGCGUGGUAGAUAUGCUCAUAAUGAGAGGCGCCCGCAUCAACGUCAUGAACCGCGGAGAUGACACGCCCCUACACCUGGCUGCCAGCCACGGACAUCGCGACAUUGUGGGCAAGCUGAUUCAGUGCAAAGCAGACACCAAUGCAGCCAACGAACACGGGAACACACCACUGCAUUAUGCUUGCUUCUGGGGCCAAGACUUGGUGGCAGAGGAUCUGGUGAACAAUGGGGCUCAGGUGAGCAUCUGUAACAAAUAUGGGGAAACUCCUCUUGAUAAAGCCAAACCUCAUCUGCGAGAGCUCCUCAAAGAAAAGGCUGAGAAAUUGGGACAGAACUUGACUAAAAUUCCCUUUAAGGACACUUUUUGGAAAGGAACCACCAGAUCUCGACCUCGCAACGGCACUUUGAACAAACAUGCAGGCAUUGACUAUAAACAGCUCUCUCUCCUGGCUAGAAUAAACGAGAACCAGUCAGGAGAGUUGUGGCAAGGGCGCUGGCAAGGAAACGAGAUUGUGGUCAAAGUGUUAAAAGUUCGCGACUGGACCACAAGGAAAAGCAGAGACUUCAAUGAGGAAUAUCCCAAACUCAGGAUUUUUUCCCAUCCGAAUGUCCUUCCCAUGUUGGGAGCAUGUCCGUCUCCUCCCGCCCCUCACCCCAUCAUCAUCACACACUGGAUGCCUUAUGGCUCCCUCUACAAUGUGCUGCAUGAGGGCACCAACUUUGUGGUGGACCAGACGCAGGCAGUGAAGUUUGCGCUGGAUAUUGCCUGUGGGAUGGCCUUCUUGCACACGCUUGAACCAAUGAUCCCUCGCCACUAUCUUAACAGCAAGAGCAUCAUGAUAGAUGAAGACAUGACUGCUAGGAUCAGCAUGGCAGACGUCAAGUUCUCCUUUCAGUGUCCCGGCAGGAUGUACUCGCCCGCUUGGGUCGCCCCUGAGGCCCUGCAGAAGAAGCCGGAGGAGAUCAACCGGCGGUCAGCAGACAUGUGGAGCUUUGCUGUGCUGCUGUGGGAGCUGGUGACCAGGGAGGUUCCCUUUGCAGACCUUUCCAACAUGGAGAUCGGCAUGAAGGUGGCCUUGGAGGGCUUGAGGCCCACCAUUCCUCCCGGCAUCUCCCCCCACAUCUGCAAGCUGAUGAAGAUUUGCAUGAACGAGGACCCGGCCAAGAGGCCCAAAUUUGACAUGAUUGUACCCAUUCUGGACAAAAUGCAGGACAAGUGAAACAAAAAAAGCCUCUCCAUUUGUAGUGGACAUCUUAGCGCGGAUGUUGGCGCUUGCCAGUAUUGCCUUAAACAUUUUUUUUCCUUACUGCAGCAUUGAGCACCAGCUUCUCUCCUGUAUUUUCUGUUUCAUUGUGGGGGUUUUCCCCAUCCUCAUUGCUGAUGCAAUCCUGUCCCAUCAUGUUGACUGUAAUCGUAGGAAGACUGAAUAUAUAACCUGCGGAGGGCAGCACCACGCAUCGCCUCAGUGAGUUUUAUUUGGAAGUGAAUGGUGUAUUUACGCUGGAAACUUCUGCAGUAUAACUUUCUUUUCCAGACGUGUCAGCAUUUCUUGUGUGACUUGUAAGGCUGUCCAAUCCAAACUAUUUUCUGUACACUUAAUAACAGAAUAUUUAUCUGCGCCUUUUCAUUUUAAAUCUAAAGCCACUAUUUUUACCUGACGUCACAUUUUUAAAAAAUAAUACUGCAAAUGUGCUUUUGUAAAAUAACAUUGAAGUCUCUUAGCUGUACAACAUCAAUUCAAAAGUGCCUGGGAUGAGACACGAGUGUUCUUAUAUGUUGAAUUGUAGCAAACAAUACCCUGUACCAUACUGUAAAUCAACACAUCAUUGUUUCACGUUGUUUUAUAAUCAUACUUUGUCUUUUACAGCUUAUUUUUCUUACUUAUGAUCAUUUCCCACUCAUCUAUCUCAAUUCAUUGUUUCUGUGCCUCCACCAGCUUUGCUUGCUUGUGUCCAAUCACAGGUUGUUGAAGCCAAACUCUAAAGCAACCCAUACAAAUGUAUUUAUAUAUAUAU